AUGGGAGGAAGCGCCAGGACCCAGAACUUCAUUGUCCUUCUCUGCCUCGGAGUCCUCAGUAAAUCAUCCAUUUGGGCUGAUCCAGGCCCCAUGGUCACCAAGGGGAGCCCUGUGACCACCUGGUGUCAGGGGUCCCCGCAGGCUGAAGCCUAUCAUCUGUAUAAAGAGCAGGAGUCUCAAGUGCUGGAUACGAAGGUCCCACAGGACUCCAACAACAAGACCAUUUUCCUCAUUAAAUCCAUGAGCUCACCCACUGCAGGAUGGUACCAGUGUGCAUAUUACACCAGUAGGAAUGGCUGGUCAGAGCAGAGUGACCUCCUGUCCCUGGAGGGGCGUGAGCUCCUUUUUUCUCCCUCAGGUGUGCACGAUGCACCCUCCCUCUCAGCCCAGCCCAGCCCUGUGGUGGCCUCAGGAGGGAACGUGUCCCUCCCGUGUAGCUUACAGUCCACAUGAAAUACUUUCCAUCUGCUGAAGGAUGGAGGAGCUGACCCGCCCCGACACGUGGAAUCAAGGAUCUAUGAUGGGAGGUGGCAGAACUGGGCCCAGACCAUCUUCCCUGUGGGCCCUGUGAACACUUCCCAUGGGGGGACCUACAGAUGCUAUGGUGCCUCCAGCUGCUACCCCAAUGUGUGGUCAUACCCCAGUGACCCUCUGUAUCUCAAGGUUUUAGAGGUGUACAGGAAGCCCACCUUCUCCGCCCAGCCAGGCACAUUGGUGCUGCCUGGACACAACUUGACCCUCCAGUGUCACUCGGAGGCCAGCUUUGACAGAUUCACUCUGAGCAAGGACGAGGGGCUCAUGCCCCUCCAAAGUCGGAGCCAAUUUUUCCCUGGACACACACCUAACAAGGGCCGGAACAGAUGCUACAGUGGACACAACCGCUCCUAUGCAUGGUCGGCCCCCAGCUCCCCCCUGGACAUCCUGAUCACAGGAACGUACAAGAAACCCUCCCUCUCAGUCCAGCCAGGACCCUCAGUGUCCUGGGGAGAGAAUGUGACCCUGCAGUGUCGCUCUGAGAUCUGGUUUGAUACCUUCCACCUGCACAAGGAGGGGUCACCUGCUCCUCCCCAGCACCUUCGUCUGCAGGACACAGCUGCACCUUCUCAGGCCAACUUCACCAUCAGUCCUGUGACCUCAGCCCAUGGGGGAACUUACAGGUGUUACUGUUCACGCAGCACCUCCCCCUACUGCAGUCACCCCCUGCAGCUCAUGGCCUGAGCCUCCCAUCUCCAGGACUACACAGUGGGGAAUCUCAUCCGGAUGGGCGUGGCUGGCGUGAUCCUGGUGAUCCUCGGGGUGCUGCUGGUGCUGCUGUUUGAAGCUUGGCACAGUCAGACAAGGACCCACAAUGCAGCCAGGAGGUGA